AUAUGAAAGUAAAUUAUUUAAAAAAUGCCCUAUUAUUAGUAGAUUUUCAUAGAUUUUACCGAUUUUCGUAAUUAGUAAUAAGAAAAUAACUAAAUGCUUGUCCUGAACGAUCUAGACAUUAAAAUCAAUGGAAAAAAUGAACAAUCAUUGUUAUUUUUUAAUCCUGCAACACUUUUCAGAACAUAUGUUUUUGACAACUACGUAUUUUUUAGGUUAAUUGAAUAAUUUAACAGCUGUCAUUAUUGUUUUCUUUUUAUAUUCAUCCAAAUAAAAAUAUAAUUGUUAUUUGGUAUAUUAAUAAAGGAUGGAAUAACAAUAAAUUAAUUAAAAUGGAUAGAUUAGUGAAAGACCACAAUGAAAAAAGCCAGUACGAUCUGUAUUUGCAGGAAAUAGAAGGUAUAGAUGAUUAUUGGGGACCCACCUUCAGAGCCGUUUUCGAUAAUAAUGAACACGUAGAAUUCAAAGAAAAAGUAGAAGAAAGGAUCAAACACCAUGACAGGGAUAUCGAAAGACUUUGCAACGUUUAUUAUCAAGGAUUCAUUGAAUCAGUACGGGAAUUGCUGGAAGUCAAGUCACAAUCGAAGAAUCUAAAUAAUCAAGUUGUAGCCAUUGACAAACAUCUUCAAACAACAUCUCAAGCGAUUUCAAAGUCCGGAGCUGAACUUUUAAAGGCCAGGAAAGUUCAGAGCAACAUUGCAGUUGUUAUAGCACAGUUAAACUUAUGUUUACCUGUGUUUCUUACUUAUUCCAAGCUACAAAAACAAAUUUCCGAUAAGAGGUAUUAUCCGGCUUUAAAGACACUAGAAGAGCUGGAACAUCAACAUUUGCCUCAUGUUUCAAACUACAGGUUCUCCAAUCAGCUGCGUGAGAAGAUUCCAAAGUAUCGGGACAAAAUUGAAGCAGCUUCUAUGUCAGAUUUGAAAGAUUUUCUGGAAAACAUCAGAAAAUUUUCACCUAAAAUCGGAGAAGUGGCAACGAGGCAUACUAGUGAACAACUCGCCACAGAUCCUACAGUGAUUGGUCGAAAAAAAAAGCGAAAUCUCACAAACCAAGAUUCAACCACAAACUUCUCUGAAGAAGAUUUAAGCGCCCAAGAGUUGAUAGAUUUCUCUCCGAUAUACAGGGGGUUGCACAUAGCUCAUGCCUUAGGGAAAGUUUCAAACUUUGAAGCGUACUACAGGGCGGAAAGAACUAAACAAGCUAGGUUAGUUCUUCAACCACCAACAAAUAUGCAUGAAUCUGAAGAGAGCUAUAGAAACUAUAUCUACGCAGUGCUAGGGUUCUUUAUUUUGGAGGAUCAUGUUUUAAACACCGGCAGGGGGCUUAUUACCAAAGCUUUUUUGGAGGAUAUGUGGAGUAUGGCUUUGUCAAAAAUAACGACGGCCUUACAGACCCAUUCAGCAUAUUGCACAGACGCUACGUUAAUUUUACGUAUCAAGGAUCUAAUUAUGUUGUUUUGCACGACAUUGAGGAAUUAUGGGUAUUCUGUGAAACCACUUUGGGAAUUAGUAAGAGAGCUAAGAGAUCACUAUACAGAGGUUCUUAUGCAAAGAUGGGUUCAAGUUUUUAGAGAAAUUCUGUCCAAAGAAGAUUACCAACCAAUAGAAGUACACAAUCAAGAAGAAUUUGAGCAUGUUUUACUAACAUUUCCAUGGGAUGGAGAUUUGCCUGAUGAUGUCACUUUUCCGUAUAGUUUUCCAUUUUCAAGAAUGGUACCCAAAAUCUACCAGCAGGUCAAAGAGUUUAUCUAUGCCUGUUUGAAGUUUUCUGAAGAUUUAAAUCUCAGCCAAGUGGAAGUGGAUGAAAUGAUCAGAAAAUCGAUGAAUCUCCUGCUCACUAGAAGCUUUAGCGGUUGCCUAUCUUCGAUAUUCAGAAGCCCUCAUGUCGGUUUGCAGGAAAUAACACAAAUAAUCGUUGAUACGGGGUAUUUAGAAGAUGCCAACGUAUAUUUGGAUCAGUUUAUAUCAAAUAUAACUGGCGAGGAAAGUCGAGGUGCCACAGUGGGCACCAUCCAAGGCCAGUACGGCAUGUUCCGAGUAGCCAGAGAGGACGCAGUGAGGCAAAUCAGCGAAAAACUGCGCCAAAAACUUAACGAAUUCCUAGAACUGGAAACGUACGACUGGACCCUAGUAGAACCUAAAGGCCACGCUUCCAGCUUUAUAUCAGACAUUAUAGCGUUUUUACAGACUACCUUUCAUAGUUUCACACACCUACCGCCCGAAGUAGCUCAGGUUGCUUGUAGAUCGGCUUGUGAGCAUAUAGCAAAGUCCAUGUUUGCUAUGUUGAUGAAUACAGAGAUCAGACAAAUAUCUAUGGGUGCUCUGAAUCAAUUGAACUUAGAUUUACUACAGUGUGAACAAUUCGCUGCAUCUGAGCCUGUGAAAGGUUUACAGCAAGACGAAUUGCUUGCAUACUUUGCCAAACUCAGAGAAUUAUUAGAUUUGUUCAUUACUUGGGACUGGCCUACGUAUUUUCACGAUUAUGCUCAAGAAACCAGCAAGUACAAAAAAGUUCAGCCUGAUAUUGCUAUAGUAUUACUGGAAAAGUUAAAAGAAGGCGAUAGGAAGAAUAUAUUUACUGUGCUGAAUAAGAAUGAAAGAGAUAAGAAAAAGCUUUUGGAGACUGUGCUGAAGCAGUUGAAACAGUUGUCAGUGAAGUAGUUGCUGGUUUUUCUUAGGAUACUAGUACAUGUUUGACGACAAGCUGGUCACUGUAUGGUUCGCUCCCCACCCCGACUACUGAGCAGUAGCACUACCCGCCAGUAUUUUGCAAUGUACAGGGUGGGUAAAAUUCGACGCUUUUAAAUGGAAACACCCUUUUCUAUAGGAGAU